UGGCCGUCAAUGGCGACCCACAAGAUCCUCCGCCGUCUCCGUCCCUCAAUUCCCACAACCUACCUCUCCACUCUCUCUCAUUCUCGUCAAUACCACCUUCUCACAAACCCGAACCCUAAUUCUACCACUCUCCUUAAUCCUCUCCAUCCCUUUUCCCACCUCGACAGACUAACUCUCCCGUCAAGAACUGCGAAUUCACUCGCCGGAGCUCUCGGUCCGUUCUACUCUCGAUCGAUUUUCACUCGCGCCGACGACGAUUCAGAGUUUACAGAAGCCGGUGGAUUCGAUGUCGACUCGAUCACUAAGUUGACUGAGUUGGUUCCCGAGUCGAAGCUUGUCGAUGCCGGCUUAUCUAGUGCCGGCGAAGAAUCGAUCCUUCCGGUUCGUGCGCUCAUUUCCUUGCUUGAUGGCUUCCAUGAAUUCACUGGCUUGCCAUGGUGGCUAGUUAUUGUUUCCUCCACAGUAGCUCUCAGAGCUACUCUGUUCCCUCUGCUUAUCUUCCAACUUCACAAGUUAAAACGAAUUGGAGAAUUAUUUCAUAAAUUGCCUUCUCCAAUACCACUGCCUCUUUCAGGAAAGAGUUACAUUGAUCAAAUUCAACUCUUUCAGAAGGAAAGAAAAGCAGUUGGGUGUCCCUCAUUCUUAUGGUUCUUUCCGUACGUCUGUGUCCAGGUCCCAUGCUUUAUCUUGUGGAUGACAACUAUACGAAGCAUGUCGCUGGAUCAUCACCCUGGGUUUGAUAGUGGUGGCACUUUAUGGUUCCAGAAUUUGACUGAAUAUUCUCAUGGUGCUCCAGGCGUCAUAUUUCCUGUAGUAAUUGCUGCUUUGCACUAUACCAAUGCUCAGAUUGCUUUUCGGACAUCUUCCGUUAAAAAAGCAACUGGCCUACUUGACGUGUUAGUAAAAUACUACAAGCACUAUCUGGAUUUCUUGACGCUGCCUAUGUUUUUUACUUGUUACUACUUUUUACCCCAGGGAAGUCUUGUCUAUUGGGCCACAAAUGGUUCACUAACUUGUAUACAGCAAUUAUCCCUCAAACAUCCUGUUGUACGUGAAAAGUUGGGGCUGCCUGACAAGGAUAAUUCUAGCUCAGCUGCAGUUUCUGUAGGCACAAGUUCUCCUGCGAUAAUAGCCUCAAGUAAACCUGAAAAACAGCUAAAAAAAUCUGUUGAAGAACUCUCCCCUUUAGAACUGAUUUCCCUUUCAGUCCAACUACUAGGAAAAGGAGAUGCUGAAAGAGCAAGUCAUAUGAUAAAGUUAAUACUUGCCAAGGAUCCUGAGUCGGAACACGGUUUGAUUCUCAUGGGUCAAGCUCUAUUGCAGAAAGGACUGCUUGCGGAGGCCAUUAAAUACCUGGAGCGUGCCAUUUCUAAGCUCUUGGUUGAUGGGUUUCCUACAGAAGUGGAGACCCUUGGUCAUUUAAUUAUUGCAUCUCAAUGGGCGGGUGCUGCCUAUAGUCAGCAGGGAAAAAUUGAAGAAGGAUUGGUACACUUGGAGAGAGUAGGAAAAUUGAAAGAACCAGAUGAUCCAAAGGUCAAAGGCCAUUAUUUCGACACAUUGCUAUUGCUUUCAAGUGCUUUAUACAAUGUAGGUCGCAGGGAAGAAGCUUCAGAGUAUCUCCGGUUACUAGUUGCUCAUAAUCCUGCUUACAGUAAAUACUUGGAGCAAUGUGAAAAUGACGAUGAUUCUUUUGUCAGCGACCUUGCCAACAGUAGGCGGCGAGAUUAUUAAUGAUGCGCUAAACAACUCAAAAUUCUUCUUCUUCUUCUUGUUUUUUUUUUCCCCCUUCUUAAAUUCCAUUUUUACCAGGCAUAAUAAGCUUGAUAUUGUGUACCAGAAAACAAAACGAUAGAGAAAAAUGAAGGGUUGCUAUGUGCUUGUUUAAAUUAGCAACUCAAAACAAUAAAAUAUGAGAAAUUGGUUU